AUGUCAGCGACCCGCGCACGGUCAAACACCAACCUUUCCGUUCCGAGCAAUCAUGGAACCGCCCCGCGCAAUAUCCAAACAACAGCCCCAUCUAGAUCGAUCAACCAGCCCAUGCGUGCAGGUCAAUCAGGCCUCUCGACUCUUCCUGAUCUUGCCGAAGACGAGGAAUUUGAUCCCGCACCCCAAAUCCAGGACCAGCUCGAACAGAUAAACGCCAAACUUGAUCAACUCUCGACCGCUGUUCAACGGCUUUCAAGUCAAUCUGCAGCAGCUACGAAGCGACUAGACACAAACAUGACUCAAGGUUUCCGCCAACAAAGCAACGACAUGGAGACAUGGGUCACGGGCUUGAAGGAUGGUCUUGAACAGUAUGCCGCGACGCAGAACCAAGAGAGCUUCAUGGACCUGCUCGGGGAAGAUCAAUUUAACCAGGAGUAG